AUGGCUAUUGCACACCCUCCUUUUAUUGGGUCUGAACAGGCCACAGUUGAGGCUGCUCUGAUGGUCUCAACACCAUCACCAUCUCGGCCUCCGGUGAUUCUAACCCAAGACGAAUUGAAGAAAGUUGCAGCCUAUAAGGCCGUUGAGUUCGUUGAGUCCGGCAUGAUAUUGGGUUUAGGAACUGGGUCGACUGCGAAACACGCUGUGGAACGAAUUGGGGAGCUCUUAAAGCAAGGGAUUCUGAAGAAUAUUAUAGGAAUACCCACUUCGAAGAUGACCCAUGAACAGGCUUUGUCAUUAGGAAUUCCAUUAUCGGAUCUUGAUACACACCCAGUUGUUGAUUUGGCCAUUGAUGGUGCUGAUGAGGUAGACCCGUAUAUGAAUUUGGUGAAAGGACGAGGUGGGUCACUCCUGAGAGAGAAAAUGAUUGAGGGUGCUUGCAAAAAAUUCAUAGUGAUUGUGGAUGAAUCCAAGUUGGUGAAGCAUUUAGGGGGAAGUGGGUUGGCUAUGCCGGUUGAAAUUGUACCUUUUUGUUGGAAAUUCACGGCGCAGAAGCUGAAAUUGUUGUUUAAGGAUGCGGGCUGCGUUGCAAUGCUUAGGACUUUUAGCGAGACUGGUGAGCCAUUUGUGACUGACAAUGGGAACUAUAUUAUUGAUUUGUAUUUCAAGAAAGAUAUUGGGGAUUUGAAGGCUGCGAGUGAUGCCAUUUUGAGGCUUACUGGUGUUGUUGAGCAUGGGAUGUUUCUUGGCAUGGCGACCACACUGAUUGUGGCCGGUGAGCUUGGUGUCACCAUGAAGAAUAAGUAG